GUCUUAUCUAAUUUAAUCAAUAUUUAUAAUUGAAAAGCACCCUUUGGUAGGUAUAUAUACCUAUCAAAUACUGUUCGGAUGUCAGUCACUUUCCAGUUAAUUAAUCAUGAAGACGUUGAUCGCAUUGUUAGCCCUUGGGUUCGUAGCCGUUACGGCCGGUCCGUCGGCUCCGCAGAGAAUCGUCGGCGGUUCAGUCACCACCAUCGACAACUACCCCUCUCUUGUGGCGCUGUUGCGAACCCAGGACUGGAGUCAGUGGUCUCAAGCCUGUGGCGGCUCCAUCAUUAAUAGCAGACACAUUCUCUCGGCUGCCCAUUGCCUGCAUGGAUAUGCUGUUGGAGCUUGGCGCGUGCGUGUUGGUUCCACCUGGGCGAACAGCGGUGGCGUCGUCCACGCUGUGGAUCGUCAUAUCAUUCACUAUCAUUACAACAACAGAACCCUUGAUAAUGAUAUUGCUAUUUUGCGCCUCGCUUCCAACAUUGCAUUCAACCAGAAUGCUCGUGCUGGUCACUAUGCUGGCGCCAUUACCAUGUCGCAGACAACCAGGCGGUAUGGGCUGCUGGAUGGGGUCAUACACAGUUCAGAGGAAACCCUUCGAGCAACUGCGACACGUCGAAGUACGGACCAUCAACCUGACGUCUGCAGAGAUAGAUACCGUCGUGCCUUCCCACCCCGCAUCGUGACUGACAACAUGUUAUGCUCCGGCAUUCUUGACGUCGGGGGUCGCGACGCUUGCCAAGGAGACUCCGGCGGUCCUGUCUACCACAACAACGUCAUCGCCGGCGUUACCUCCUGGGGCAUACGCUGUGCUGAUCGUCGCUUCCCUGGUGUCAACGUUCGUGUCCAGCGCUACACUGCUUGA